UCGGGACGAACUAAUUACGGAUCCGCAUAUAUGUACUGCUUUGUAACUGUGUACAUAUGGGAUGCAAGGGGAUUUUCCCUUAUUUGCAAGAGGUUGCUCUAACCUAACCUAGGUAGGUUUCGGCAAGUGGAACCAGCCUGCCUGGGACCUUGACCCACUUGACCCAGACCCUGACCGUGACGAACAGGGGGAAAUAAUGAUCGGGGAGUAGCUUCCGCAUGCAACGAUUCUGUCCAUGUGGUUUUCUUCUGCUGAAUUCCCGACGCAGUGUUUGAUGUCCACGAGGACGUCGUUGCCCGGUCUCUACUCUACGCGCAUAUAAACGCAACACGUUCGCACUCGAAGCGGCCGACCGUGGAGGGGCACCUAGACUGCUAGACAUGCGCCUUCCAAAGUAAUCCCAAACUACAGGCUGAGGCUACCGCCUUGAGAGCCGAAAGCUUUCAGAACCACUUGGAAUGCCAUGAUCCGGUCUCGAUGAAGGAGCCAAGCGUCAAGAUGUUCUUGUCUAGUAUUCUCGGCGCUUCCGGGCGUGGUGGCUCUGACAAGUCCAGAGCCCGGAACCAGCAAACGACCCCAGAGGUGUCGCCGUCACGCCGACCACGAAGCCCAGAUCCAGCGUCCGUAGUCUACAUAUCCGACGAGUCGCAACUGCAGCCAGUGAAUCCUCUGCCGAAUGAAACAUUAGAUUUGAAUGCCAGCCUGCAGAUACUCGCCGCUGUGUUUCCGGACGUGCAGAUUGAGGUCUUCCGGGAAAUGCUGCUGAGCUUUUCCGAAGAGUCAAGAGUUGCCGUCGUUGCCGACGCCAUGCUGAAGAAUCCGACCCGAUGGCUCAAAGGACGAAGGAGACUCCUCGCUGAGGGGAAACAGGUUCCGGGCCCUGCGCUGGAGCGUCUAGUUCCCCGAAACGAAGCCUUCCGAGGGGACGAGUACCGAAACGCAGUCCGCGCUUUAGCCCUGUCCGAAUUCAAGGGUUUGUCUCGAUCUUCCAUCGAAGCUGUGCUCUCAGAGUCGAAUUAUUCUUAUCUCGAUGCACGACCCACCUUGGUUGACAUUUCGUCCAAGUCCUGGAAGUUCACAUUUCAAGCCAUCUUCUUCCGGCGCAAGCCUGUGACGAGCGGCGAGGCGAAGCACCAUCCACUGGUCGUUUGGAAAUCCACAGGACAUGGCUCAAUCAUACCAACCAUCAAGUCCACUAGCAACCCCGAACUCGACCGAGAGUUGUUCGAAGAGCUCAUCGUACCGUUGCAGAGAAUGGAAGCGGCUGCGAGGGCGGACCAUGACUAUGACUUGGCCGUCAAACUACACACCGAGGAAGCCGAAGCAUGCGAAGCCACAUAUGAGUGUACAUGUUGCUACACGGAUGUUACAUUUGAGGAGAUCACCACAUGCAACAGUCACGAACACAUGGUUUGCUUCAGAUGCGUCCAACAUUCCAUCACAGAAGCCGUAUUCGGACAAGGAUGGAUGAGAAACAUCGACAAAGACACAGGAACCCUUCGGUGUCCAGCCGUGUCUUCUGAUGAAUGCAAAGGCUGCAUUUCGUCUGAACACAUUUACCGUGCUAUGCAAUCACAGAAAAGUGGUGCCGAAAUUCUCCAUAAGAUGGACCAACGGCUUGCCGAGCACGACUUGAUUGCGAGCAAUCUGCCCCUUAUUCGGUGCCCCUUCUGCAACUAUGCUGAAGUGGACGAACUAUAUGUGCCGACGAACAAGCGAACGUUGAGGCUUCGGGCUCGCAACAUCCCAAAUCUCAUCCUAAUAUUCAUCUGCUCCAUGAUUUCUCCACUUUCAAUCCCUCUUGUCUUUUCCGCAUUCGCAUUUUUGGUUCUAUUGUGCAAUGGGGUGUUCCGGAACUGGGUCACGUCCCGUUUUCGUGCAGCUGUUUCGCGCCAUCAAAGACGGCGUCUAGGCUUGAGGUUCGCCUGCCGGAAUCCCUCUUGCGGCCGUUCUUCAUGUAUGUCCUGUUCAAAAGCGUGGGUUGACAUCCAUGUAUGCCACGAGUCUAGUCUCGUCGCGUUGCGUACACAGGUCGAGCAAGCCAUGUCCAUGGCUGUCAAGCGUGUCUGUCCACGAUGCAACACAAGCUUCGUCAAGUCAGCCGGCUGCAACAAGCUAACUUGCCCUUGCGGCUACAAGAUGUGCUACGUCUGCCGCAAGGACAUCAGCUUGAGCACCGAGGGGUACCAACAUUUUUGUCAGCACUUCCGUCCCGAAGGAGAUGGAAGACGCUGCAGGGAGUGUGCCAAGUGCAACCUGUGGGAAGCAGAAGACACGGAGGCUAUCCUGAAGGAGGCACGUGUCGAGGCCGAGAAGAAAUGGCGCGAAACCGAGAGAAGAGAGUUAUCAGGAGCCGAAAAGGCGUAUCUGGAGACCGGCAUUGCAAGCACACAGGAUGAUGUCGUGACGCGGAUACUUGCCAACGGCAGUAAAGUGCCUAGCAUGGAGGAUAUUUCCGACGGAAUUAUUGAAGCGCUAUUUUUCAUUGGUACGUAAGGGAGGAUCAGACAUACCCGCACUGGUCAUUUGGUUUUGCUGCAUUUUCUGUUCGGUUGGUUGGUUGGAGAGUGUAAGAAGCUAGCUGGGAGCACCGAAAAGCGAAUGAUACCGGAGAGGAUAGAAAUUGGUUCAUUGGCGUUCAGGCACGGGACAUGGGGACUCUCAUUGGGCAUGGUAUUGGCUGCACGGCAAACGGCACUGGAUGGCGCCUCUCAUGCUAUACCCUCUACACUAUAUUAGUUGUUUGCGAGGU